CAAUCCGAAGCAUUGGAACUUCUUCUCUGCCCGCAGAAUGUCGAAGAAGGCGACAAGCCUGGACUGCCUAAACAUAAAACCGACACUAAAUAAAACAUGUCAUAAAUGACAUUCUACAAACAUCAAAACCACUUAUCACUGAAAAUUAGUCGUUAAAGAUCCAAUAAAAAAUUAUAAUGCUUUGUUCGAGAAUUUUCAAGACAAGUUUAUCAUUAUCUUCACCGCCAUUAUGUCACAGAGUAAAAAGACAUUUGGGUUUUGUACCGAUUGUGGUGGAACAAACCGGUCGCGGUGAGAGAUCCUACGAUAUUUAUUCAAGACUACUGAAAGGACGAAUUGUUUGCCUAAUGGGACCGAUCAACGAUCAAAUCAGCUCCACCAUCAUCGCACAAUUAUUAUUUCUACAAUCUGAGUCUAGUCACAAGCCGAUUCAUAUAUACAUCAAUUCUCCUGGGGGUGUAGUAACCGCAGGGCUUGCGAUUUAUGAUACCAUGCAGUUUAUUCAACCGCCAGUUGCUACAUGGUGUGUUGGUCAAGCAUCCAGCAUGGGGUCAUUACUACUGGCGGGUGGAAGCAAAGGAAUGAGACAUUCGCUACCAAACUCAAGAAUAAUGAUUCAUCAACCAUCAGGUGGUGCUCAGGGACAAGCAACUGAUAUCCUCAUACAAGCCGAGGAAAUUAUCAAAUUAAAGCGUCAGAUUAACGAACUGUAUGUGAAACAUACCGGUAUGACGUUGGAUGUUAUCGAACAAAGCAUGGAGCGUGACAAGUUCAUGAACCCGCACGAGGCGCAGAAAUUCGGAAUAAUCGAUGAAGUGCUCACGGCAAAGCCGAAAACUCACAAAAUUCCUAACACUAAAGGACCUGGUCAGAUUCCGGUUAUUGAUAGGAUCAAAAAUGAACCGACACCACUCACGCCAACACCCAAACCCCAACUAUCACCAACCAAACAUUUUUAAAUAUAAAAAAGUGAACUUUUAAUAAAUUAAACAUUCAAGUGA